GCGCUGAGCUCAAUGAUUGCCGAGGAAUUUUUUUUUCCAUUUCCUGGCAGGCGACAGCAGAACAAUGUCCCUGACGGGCCUGACCGGCGGACCCCACUUCCGCACGAAUAUUGAGGAGGAUCAGACGGCUCACAGCGCCGUCGUCAGAAUCCCAAACCCCGGCCGCACUCUUCAGUCUUCACCCCUCUUCCUCCCCUUCUCCUCGCUUCCCUUCCGCUCCAAUGGCGCCCCUCCUCUUCGUCCCGCGCCCCGCGCCGGGCUCCCAGCCGGCGCCGGGGCCCGCGGCGCGGCUCAGGCGGGGUGCGAGCACGAUCACCUGCGGCCCGCGCGACAACCGGGGCCCGCUCCAGCGCGGGCGGUCGCUCUCCACGGAGGCCAUCCUCGCCAUCCAGUCGCUGAAGCGCCUCACCGCCGCGGAUCGCUCCCCGGCGGCGGCCUCCGCGGCGACCGCGUCCGCGCUCGGCCGCCUCCUCAAGGCCGACCUGGUGGCCGCCAUGGCCGAGCUCCAGCGCCAGGGCCACUGGUCCCUCGCCCUCGCCGCGCUCCACGUCGCGCGCGCCGAGCCCUGGUACCGCCCGGACCCGGCGCUCUACGCCGCCUUCGCCUCCUCCGCGCCGGAGGGCUCCGGCGACGACCUGGACGCGCUCGUGGAGGCGUUCCUGGAGGAGAAGGCGCGCGGCGGCGGGUUCGUGGACGGGGAGGAGGACGUGUACAAGCUCACCAGGCUGCUGCGCGCGCUGGUGGCCAAGGGGCGCGGGCGCGCGGCGUGGAGGGUGUACGAGGCGGCGGUGAGGAGGGGAGGGCUCGACGUGGACGAGUACGUGUACAGGGUGACGGCGAGGGGGAUGAGGCGGCUGGGGCUCGAUGAGGAGGCCGCGGAGGUGGAGGCCGACCUCGCCGAGUGGGAGGCCACCAUCUCGCCGCCCGCCAGGGACGUGCUCGACGAAAUGCGCGCGAGGGAGAAGAGCAAGACGAAAGCCUCAGCCUCAGCCUCAGCCUCAGCCUCAGCCUCAUAGGUUUUUUUUUUUUGACAAAAACGCCCAGAGGCAAGCUUUAUUGACCAAGAAUAGUUACAUCAUUGGAUAUCAAAUGGAAAAUUGCCGGGGGGGCGGGGGUCAUCGUCCAAAUAACAGAUUGACUCUGUUUGUUUCAGCUAUAAACUUGGGCUCAAGAUGGCUAGUGAUUUUUUUUGGGCUAGAAGGAUGAGUGUUCUCGGCUACUGUAGCUAUGGUGAAUUUUGGUGUCUUGUGAUACAUAUGUUUUAACGUUUAUCAGAAAUCAUACCGCCACUUACAACAAA